AUGGCCACGACCACCACCAUCCGUCAGUACACGUCGUCCAGCUCCUCCAAGGGGGCCGGCGGGCUGGGGGGCGGCUCCACCCGCUCCUCCUGCCGCCUCCCCGGAGGCUUCUCCAGCUCCGUCUCCUCCUCCCGCCUGGUGUCCGGCGGCGGCGGCGGCGGCGGCUACGGGGCCGGUUACACCUGCAGUUUGGGCGGCAGCUUCGGGGGCGGCCUGGGCGGCGGCUUCGGCGGGGGCGACGGGCUCCUGGCCGGCGGGGAGAAGGCCACCAUGCAGAACCUCAACGACCGGCUGGCCUCCUACCUGGACAAGGUGCGGGCCCUGGAGGAGGCCAACGCCGACCUGGAGGUCAAGAUCCGCGACUGGUACCAGAAGCAGGCUCCGGGACCGGCCCGCGACUACAGCGCCUAUUAUCUCACCAUCGAGGAUCUCAAAAACAAGAUUCUCACGGCCACCGUGGAAAAUGCCAACAUCCUGCUGCAGAUUGACAAUGCCCGCCUGGCAGCUGAUGACUUCCGUACCAAGUAUGAGACGGAGCUGGCCCUGCGCAUGAGCGUGGAGGCUGACAUUAACGGGCUGCGCCGUGUGCUGGAUGAGCUGACCCUGGCUCGGGCUGACCUGGAGAUGCAGAUUGAGAACCUGAAGGAGGAACUGGCCUACCUCCGCAAGAACCAUGAGGAGGAGAUGAAUGCCCUCAGGGGCCAAGUGGGCGGGGAGAUCAACGUGGAGAUGGAUGCUGCUCCUGGUGUGGACCUGAGCCGUGUCCUGUCUGAGAUGAGAGACCAGUAUGAAAAGAUGGCGGAGAAGAACCGCAAGGAUGCGGAAGACUGGUUCUUCAGCAAGACGGAGGAACUGAACCGGGAAGUGGCCACAAACAGCGAGCUGGUCCAGAGCGGCAAGAGCGAGAUCUCCGAGUUGCGACGAAAUCUCCAGGCCCUGGAGAUUGAGCUCCAGUCUCAGCUCAGCAUGAAAGCCUCGCUGGAGGGCAGCCUGCAGGAGACGGAAAGCCGCUACUGCGUGCAGCUUUCGCAGAUCCAAGGCCUGAUUGGUAACGUGGAGGAGCAGCUGGCCCAGCUACGCUGUGAGAUGGAGCAGCAGAACCAGGAGUACAAGAUCCUGCUGGACGUUAAGACCCGGCUGGAGCAGGAGAUCGCCACUUACCGCCGCCUGUUGGAGGGCGAGGAUGCCCACCUGGCCUCUCAAUACAAGCCCAAGGAAGCGAGCCUCACCACCCGCCAGGUGCGUACCAUUGUGGAAGAGGUGCAGGAUGGAAAGGUCAUCUCGUCCCGUGAGCAGGUCCACCAAACCACCCGCUGAGCUGGGCUGGAAUCAGAAGGCCGGGGAUCAGCCUGUUCCUGCUGGGUGCUCAGUCCCUCCCCACUUCGAGAGCCUCCUGCCUGGCUACCAGCCCAGCCUCGGCCCCUAGCCCGUCCCUGGCCCUCCUUCUGCUGGCCAAUAAAGCUUUGUUACCCGGAUGCAGA